AGAGAGAGAGAGAGAAAGAGAGAGUCCGUACAAGAAUGGUUUUUUGAUUGGGGGGUUGGAUAGGGGAAAACUCGGUGAUAUGGAAUUUUGCUCAAAAUUGGUGUUAGUCUCAGGUAUUAGGUCAAAGAAAUGGCUGGGUUCUUCUAUCUAGGAGGGAGAGAAGGCCCACCAAACAAACAAGAAGAAGAAGAAGAAAGAGAACAAAACUUGUUUUUGUACAGAAAUGAUCAAGAGAUCUACAACAAGGGUUUUGAGAUAUGGCCUCAACAAUACAACAACAACAAUCAUCAUCAACAACAGCAACAACCAAAUCCCUCUCUUACAAACCACUUGUCUUUUGGUGUUGGUCCAAGUCGCCGGAGCUUCAUGAUCAACGACCCUUCCGAUGAGCCUUCCAGAUCAGCUUUUACCCUCAUGCGCCCUGCCGCUGCCGCCUUCGCUGCUGCCUCUGCCGCUACUGCUGGCGGCAUGAAUUGUCAAGACUGCGGCAACCAAGCCAAGAAGGAUUGUGCUUAUUUGAGGUGUAGAACUUGCUGUAAGAGCCGAGGGUUUCAGUGCCAGACUCACGUGAAAAGCACGUGGGUUCCGGCUGCGAAACGCCGUGAGAGACAACAGCAAAUUGCUGCCUUACAACAACAGCAACAACAAGAACAGUUUCGUGGUGGUGAGAAUUCCAAAAGACAAAGAGAAACACAAACUGCCGCCGCUGUAACCGCUGCCACCGCUACCGCCUCCGCUUGCCCUCGUUUGCCCUCCAUCACGUCAGGUAAAAAUUGAAAUUUUCUUUCAAAAAUUCCCAAAUUUCGAGACGAUUUUUUUUUUUUUUAAUUUCCUCAAUUUUGAAAAUCCUAAACUGAAAUCUUCCCCAGAAUUUCGUGGAUUUCGUUUUGUUUUUAUUAUUAUUAUUAUUAUUCCAUAUCAUUUGCGUGUAAGAAAAUCUGAGUUUUUUUUUUUUUUUUUUCUUUCAAAUUGUUCAACUGUAGGUAAGUAAAACUGACGAAAAAGUUGUAAGAAAUUAGUUAGAGUUUCGAAAACUUUAUUUUUCUGACAGAUUAAAUACACUGUU